AUGCUGUCAAGUAGUGGUAUCGGAAUGUCGCACAGAAACGCCCGGAGAACGUUGCAGGUGGUUGUCACUGAUGUCCUGCGGCGCGGCAUCCGCAGCAGCGCGGCGAUCGCCUCGACGAUUACCUUCUCGCACUGCACCAGCUUCUGGAUGAGCGCGUCCCCCGAAGCGUUGGCGGCGUCCGGCUGCCGCAAGCGAUGGCGGCGGUGCGAUGAGCGCUGCGUGAGUUGGCGGAACUCCGCUCCGCUGAGGCAGGCCAGAACGUUCAACAACGACAGCUCCACCUCCGGUGCGGCACCUGGACGACGGGCUUCCACCGCGAGUCCCCGCAGUGUCUCUGACAGCGCCGCGAAGAAGCUGUCCUGUAUCCCCGGCAGCGUGCGCAGCAGCGAAAGAAGAUCUUUGCCUGCUGCUUCCGCUGAGCGGGGCUCAACGCGCAAUGACUGCACCUCCGUUGUGCGCGGAGACCCCACUGAAAAUGGCGCUGCGGCCGCUGUGGUGGGAUUGGCGGGCACCAUGAGACUCCGCAAGAAGCACUGCAACAAAUGCGGCUGGUUCAGCUGUGCGUGUGUGCUAUUGUGCACUGCAAAGGCCUGGAGGAUACUGCAGAUGUUUAUGAUCGGUAUGGCCUGUUCGUAG